CCUUUCGCCUCAGCCGGGAGCGCCAGGAGGGCCGCCUUCCUCUCGCCGACGACGCCAUGCCGAAGAAUAAAGGUAAGGGAGGUAAAAAUAGAAGAAGAGGUAAGAACGAGAAUGAAUCUGAAAAAAGAGAACUGGUGUUCAAAGAAGAUGGACAAGAGUAUGCCCAAGUUAUCAAGAUGUUGGGAAAUGGCCGUCUGGAGGCGUUAUGUUUUGAUGGUGUAAAGAGGUUAUGUCAUAUCAGAGGAAAGUUGAGGAAAAAGGUUUGGAUAAAUACAUCAGAUAUCAUAUUGGUGGGUUUAAGAGACUACCAGGAUAACAAGGCUGAUGUUAUUCUAAAAUACAAUGCAGAUGAAGCCAGAAGUCUGAAGGCAUAUGGAGAACUUCCAGAGCAUGCCAAAAUUAAUGAAACUGACACAUUUGGACCUGGUGAUGAUGAUGAAAUCCAAUUUGAUGAUAUUGGAGAUGAUGAUGAAGAUAUCGAUGAUAUCUAAAUGAAACUGAGAGGUAUACAUUCCAGCUUUCCACCUCAAGAAUUAUUUUGUUUCAAGUCCCUAUCCUUAAGACUGAAACUGCAUAACAUUUGUAGUUACAGGAAACCUAUCUUUUGCCCAAUGUUUAAGUAUUUAUAUUUCUUUAAGAAGCAGAUAAUGUUGGACUUGCAAAUGAAAUAUUACAGUUAUUUUUGUCUCUGUAACAAUUAGACUUUUACAUAUGAGUGUAAAUACACUUACUAUGAGCUCCCAUGUUUGCUUCAUCUGUUUUUGCCACUAAAUUUCACUAAACCUGGGUUCUGAAAUAAAAAAAUUGCUUGCCCUUUAAUUAUCAUGGAUUUUGAUUAAGUACCCAGUUCAGGUUAGUGUUGAAUCUGCCAGUUCAGUGUCAUUUCGUAUUCUCCCUUAAAGUUGAAGUCAACGUGUAAGAUUUUGAUAAUAGCAAAGGGCAGAGAUCUUCAUUAAAGUUCAUAAUGCCUGCAUAUGCUUUUUAAUUUUAGCUGCAUGUUACUUUUAUACUGGAUUUGAUAUUAAAUUUUCUCUUUCACAGACAAACUUGCCAUAGUGGGGAGAGAAUAAAAUUUUAAAAUUAUGUAUGUUUAAACUGCUAUUCUGUAUUUGGUAGUGGUAAUGCUGAAGUUAAACACUGGGUGGCGCCAAAUUUAAGUUCAUUUAUUUGGAAAACUUUCACUGUUCUCUUGUAUUUAAACAUUUUAAAAGGUUAGGGUUGCCCAUGCGAAGAUAAACACUGAACAGUUACAUUGAUACAUACUUAGAAUAUUUUUACAUUAGAAAACAAAUCUUAUGUUAAAGAAUAAAAGUUUUAUUUUAAACCUAAAUUCCACAAAUUAUAAGGUACAGUUGGAGAGACGGUUUAGUACAGUCUGAUUUGGAGUAUAUAAGAGAUUAAUGCGAAGUUUUAAAAAACCUCUAUCACUAAUUAACAAGCAGAUCAACUAAAGGAAUGAGCAUUUCCAGUUUGAGUGGGAGUGGUGCACCUAAAGUUCAAUAAAGACUAACAUAGUCAUAUAAAUA